UUGUGAAAAGAGCAGACCGGAAGUUUAUUUUCCUCCCUCUCGGUGAUGCGCUGCCCGUGCAUCUUCAGAGGAGAGUGACGUCUGAUCAUUUCAAAGAAGAGACAAACACAGACAGAAGGCAGUAGGACCAUGAUUCCUGCCAUGGUUGCCGUGGUCCUCCUCCUCCUCAGCUCAGCAUCAUCCCAAAUGAUGGGUGGUUUAGGCCAGGACCUGAGUGACCUGAGCUACAGGACCACUGACUUCUCGACCCGGCUCUACCGCGCUGUUGCCAGAAGGACGGAUGACAAUGUGUUCCUGUCCACUUUCACUUUGUGCACUGGUGUGUCUGCACUGAUGAAUGCCGCCACCGGUUCAACCCAGGAGCAGCUGCAGCAGACACUGAGCCAGGCAGGAAUGGAUCCACAGAGGGUUGCAGAUCUAUUUCAGAGUUUCAGGACCAGUAUCUCCCAGGGGGGUGGAGAGUUCCUGAAACAGGGUGUGGCUGUCUUCCCGUCCCAGAGCUUUGAAAUGUCUGCUUCAUAUGUGGACCUGGUCCAGACCAAGUACGGUGGGAAAGCGCAGAACGUGGACUACUCUACACCACUCGAGGCCGCUGACACCAUCAACCGCUGGGCCCAGGACCAGGUGGGAGAGUCAAUCCAGACCCUGGUGACUCAGCUGGACCCUCAGACUCAACUGCUGCUUGCCACUGCCGCCUCCCACAGGGUGCGGUUCACCCUGCCCUUUAACGCCUCACAAACUCGGGAGGAGCGUUUCUACGUGGACAAGUAUCAUGUCGUCAUGGUUCCCAUGAUGUUCCGCUCUGAUAAGUACUUCUUGGCGUACGACAGGCAGCUGCAGGUUGGCGUGCUGAAGCUGCCAAUGGCAGAGGGAGUGGCCAUGUUGGUGAUCCUGCCGGACGAAGGAGUGGACAUCACAGAUGUUGAAGACAAAGUGACAGCUGAGAAGGUCCAGGGAUGGAUUCGACAGCUGAAGAAAACGAGGUUAGAGGUGCAGCUGCCACGCUUCCUGUUGGAGCGUUCGUACUCUCUUCAGGAUGUCUUGCAGACAAUGGGUGUCACUCAGGUGUUUCAGGACGAAGCUGACUUCAGCAACAUGGGCGGAACUAAAGGGCCCAAGCUGACACAGGUUGUCCACAAAUCCAUCAUUAAUGUAGACGAAACCUCCACCACCCCUGCCACUGACGUGGUGUUCUCCAGCCCUCCCCCUCGGCUCACCAUCAACAGGCCCUUCCUCUUCGUCGUGUAUCACGAGGCAACAUCCACCCUCAUGUCCAUUGGCCGAGUUGCAGACCCCAAAAAGACAUGAAGAGACUUUUAGCUCCACCCCUUUACUCACCUGUCCACAGACAUUUCGCCUGAUGGGUCUGAAGUCUGAUGAAAGCGCUGACCAUGUUUGUUUCCAUGAAGUUUAACAUUUGUUUAAGUUACAGUACUUUGGUUUAUAUUGCAUUUUGUUCUCAUAGCUUUAGUUGAGUUUUAAUUAUGUUUUGUUAGAUAAUACACAUACUACAAUACCCAUGAGCCUCAGCUACUGUUUAGACUGUUUCUAUAAUGUGUAAUGUGUAGCCUCAGCCCAGUGUGUUAACAUUGCCUAAUGAGCUGAAAUAAUUUAAGCAGUGAAUGACAAAUUAGCAAGUUUUAUUAACUGUGUGAUCAUUUUCAGUCCAAUAUGUCUCCUUUUUACUGCUUUUAAGAUGUGAAGAUUUAGUAAAGGGUUCUAUUUAGAAAUUUGACAUGUUAUCGUUGAAUCAUGUACACAAGAAAAAGCUAAACCAAGUAGAUUUUACUUGACAUUCUGUUUGUUUUCACUACAUAGUUCAGUGUAAUUUUUAUUUAGUUUUCAUGUUUAUGUGACCUCUCCACUUAAUUUUUAUUUGAGUUACUGAAAUUAUUUUUUAAUACUUUUAAUUUCAGUUUGUUAAUUAAAAUUAGCCUGGAGCAGAGGAUGUCAAGCUGAAAUGCCUUUUUAAAACUAAUGGAAACAGGGUGUAAAGUCUUAGUAACACUAAAUGGUAAUGUUAUAUAUCUAACUGCCGCUCUCUAAUGUAAGUGUACGCAAACAUGUAAACAAAGAACUCACUUUCCCAUUAGCUUCAGCUGCAAGUUGUGUUAGUGAAUGUUAGCAUGACUACCAGUGUUUAAUCAAUGUCAUUAUUCUCUGCAUCACCUGAAACAUUAAAAUGUGUCAUGUUUUCUAA